CUGUGGCUGACGUUUGCUCCUGUGGCUGAUAAGACAGCUGCCUACUUCCACAUUUCACUGGAGAUGGUCAACUGGCUCUCAAUAGUGUACCUCCUCAUCUCGAUCCCAUUUGGUCUGGUGGCGACAUGGAUUCUCGACAGCGUGGGGCUCAGAUGUGCUGUGAUCCUGAGCGCAUGGCUGAACAUGACGGGUAGCAUCAUCCGGAUGUUCAGCGUCUUGAAGUUCCUGAGCUUGGGUUCCCAGAGUUACUGGUACCUGUUUAUUGGGCAAUGCCUUUGUGCACUGGCACAGCCCCUUAUCAUCUUUUCACCGACAAAACUGGCAGCACUAUGGUUCCCAGACCACCAGAGAGCAACAGCAAACAUGAUUGCAUCAAUGUCCAAUCCCUUGGGUAUUCUUAUAGCAAACGUGCUGUCACCUGCACUAGUUCCUGAAGGAAAGCAUAUCCCAUUGAUGCUAGGUGUUUAUGCCAUCCCAGCAGUAACAGCCUGUGCUCUAGCAACUGUGGGGAUUCAUGAGAAGGUUCCUCCAACACCACCUUCGGCCAGUGCCACUAACUCCACCUCCCAGCCGUUCUUCAUGGGGCUCAAAAUGCUCCUGAGAAACAAGCCGUACAUCAUCCUGGCAGUGUGCUUUGGAGGAGGAAUUGGGAUGUUCACCUGCUUCUCAGCUCUACUAGAACAGAUCCUUUGUGAAAAGGGGUAUUCAAAUGAAUUUGCUGGCCUGAAUGGUGCGCUGUUCACAGUGUGUGGUUUGCUGGGUGCUUUCCUGCUGGGCCUGUAUGUCGACCGGACAAGGAAGUUCAUAGAAUCCACCAAGAUUUGUUUCUGUCUGAGUGCAGUUGCCAGCACCAUGUUUGCAGUGACGUCUCGGUUCAGGCAUCAGGCUGCCAUGCUGGCCAUCACCAGCUCACUCUUUGGUUUCUUCGGUUUUGCCAUCUACCCCAUUGCCAUGGAGCUGGCUGUGGAGUGCUCCUACCCUGUGGGAGAAGGCACAUCUACAGGCUUGAUUUUUGUUGCAAGCCAGAUUGAAGGUGUGGUUUUAAUGAUUCUGCUACAAGCCCUCACUGUGCAUGUUUCUGAGGAUCCAUCCUCCACCUGCGCCCUUGACCAGGAUGGAGCCCUGGACUGGACAACUCCAGUACUGGUGCUGGCUGGCCUCUGCAGUGCUAUGGCUUGUUUCUACGUCAUCUUCUUCCACACUGACUACAAGAGGCUCCAUGCUGAGACAAACAGUGGUGAUUCGGUUAAGGCAGAAGAUACAGAAACAUCAGAUGUCCCUGAAGCCUAA